AGUUUGGGCGGAAGUGGCUUUGCAGACCCGGAGAUACGAGAUGGGGGUGAAGCUCGAAGUGUUUCGGAUGACACUGUACCUCACUUUCCCUGUGGCUAUGUUCUGGAUUGCCAAUCAGGCAGAAUGGUUUGAGGACUAUGUCAUACGGCGCAAGAGGGAGCUGUGGCCACCUGAAAAGGAAGCCCAGCGCCAAGAGCUAGAAGAAUUCAAAGAGCGGAUACGGAAGCAGCGGGAGGAGAAACUCCUUCGUGCUGCCCAGCAGAGCUCCUGAGGCCUCUGAGUGUUUGAGUCCCAGUCCCUCCACCCAUGAAAUAACACAUACUCGGUUCCUUGUU